GCAGUCCUUGCAGCUCCAGCUCUGCAGUGCCUGACAGGGUCUGACUGGGGAGGUCCUUAGGUUUUGAAUCCUGCACCUGGGAACCCCAGGUUCCCAGGCUAGAAGUAAAAGUCUGCCUUGGAAGCCCCGACCCCUACUGACAAGAUGCAGAGCCUCAGGACCGAGCAGACACAGGGACUACUUCCUCGGGACAGCAGAGCCUGGGAGAAGCCCUGCCACCCCACCUUCCCCAAGGACUGGGAGGCUGUGGAGGUUGGGGCCUCCAGCUGUGACAGUGAUGAGAAAGUGCUGAUAUUUUCUUCUUCCCUCUUUCAGGGUUUUGUGGAGUGGUCCAAAACUCCACAGCAAACAACCAUCGUGUUGGUCGUGUGUGUGCUGUUCUUAUUCUUGGUUUUAACUGGGAUGCCCAUGAUCCUCCACAUUUAACCACUGCCAUCGCUGCUGUACAGAAGCCUAGGUCCUCUGUCACAUUAAGAAACUGUCUUGGCUAGACGCCAGGCAUGAGUACUCAACAUUAUGAAAUGCCUUUCAAAUACCCAUUGAGAUGACCUUAUAAUGUUUUAUUUAUUUACUUUAGAGAUUUAUUUUGAUUAUGUGUGUGCACAUCUGUAUGUACAUGUGCUAUUGUGAGUGCAGUGCCUGCAGAGGCCAGUAGAGGGAGUUUGAGCCCUUGGAGCUGGAGUUGUUGGCAGUUGUGAGCUGCCUGAUAUGGGAGCGGAACUCUGGCCCUCUGCAAGAGCAAUAAGUACCCUUAAUUGCUGAGCUGUCUCUCUAGCUUCAUGAGUUUUUUCUUCUUUGUAUUUUCAUAAAACUUCUUAGUAUGAGGUUUCUACAUUACUGAAAUUUAUUUAAAUGAAUACAUCAUUGAUUAUAAAGACAUUAUUUUGUACACUACUGAGAAAUACAAAAUUUUUGUAUUUAGUGCUGAGAAAGAAAAAAAGUGUGAAUUACUUGAUAUGAAUGGCAAAAUAUCUCUUCAGAGAAGUUGAAAAAUGUACAACUUAAGGUCAAUGUUGAACCAUCUUCUGUCUUGUAAAAAAUAUUACGUUACAAUUUAACAUUUUGCCUGCAUGUGUUUUUAUGUACCACAUAUGUGCCUGGUGCCUGUGGAGGCCAGAGGAGGGUGUUGGGUUUCUUAAAAGUGGAGUUACAGAUGGUUGUGAGCCAUCAUGAGCGCUGAGAAUUGAACCUGGGUCCUUCACUGCUGAGCCAUCUCUCCAGCCCCAGUGUCAUAGCAUCUCUAGUGUGUGCAGUCUCUCCAUCUAGACUCUUUUCUGCUAUUUCAUGUAAGGACUCCUGCCUCUAUCUUGAUGUGUUCAGUUGGUGCUAUUUUGUGACAUUUUUGUCUCUUGGCUUAAGUUUUCAUCAUUGAGAGAUCUGAGUACUUUUUUAUACUUUUUAUGCUUUUGAAUAAUCUCUGUAGCUUGAGAAAUAUAUUUUUGACAGCUUAAAAGAAUUUACAGUGGUUAGGGAGAUGCUGCAUAGUUUAGCGUGUAUAUCACUCUUGCAGUUUGCUUUCUGGCACACAUAUCAGGCCACAACUCCAGCUCCAGGAGCUCAGAUGCCCUCUACUGACCUCUGGGGAACACAGCACUCAUGUGCACACACCCACCCAUAUCUCCCCCCAUACAUAUAAUUAAAAAUAAAUCCUUAAGAUUUUUAAAAAAGAAUUCUCCAGUAAUUAGUUCUGAGAUUGGUGAGAGGAAAAUCUCAGGCUAUGUUUGAUUUGAGUUUUCAUAACUCAUCUUAUUAGUCAUUACUAUAAUAAUUCUAUAUUGGUAGCUUAUGA